UCGAGACGCAUAUAUGCUACGGAGGCAAUUGGCUCCUCCACCGCCGUCCUCCUCCUCCGCCUCAUCCUAACAUGCUCCAUCUCCUCCUCUCCUCCUCCGCCGCCUCCGCCGCUACCACCAUGGCCCCUUCCUCCUCCUCCGCGAGAUCCGCGGGAAACCACCACCACAACCACCGCAGUUCCACCUCCCUCCUCCUCUGCAAGCACUCUCCCUUCGCGACCCUCGACGUCCUCAUCCUCAUCCUCGUUCUCUUCUCCGGCGCUUUUCUCCUCUCCUCCUACUUAUCCUACCUCUUCCACUCACUCUCUCUCCUCUCCUCUCACUUCCCUUCCUUCUCCCUCUCUCUCUCCUCCCUCACCCCACUGAUCUUCUCUGAUCACGAUAAAGCGGACGAUCCCUCAGGAAUCCCACCGGCUUCGUACAUAUUCGCCUUCGCCGUGUUCUUCGCGGCGUCGAUUGCGUUCCUUGACCUCUGUUGCGGGCCCAGAUCGAGGAAAUGCCAGAACCCUAAGUGCAAGGGGUUAAAGAAGGCGAUGGAGUUCGAUUUGCAGCUACAAACGGAGGAAUGUGUCAAAUCGCGAGCGGCGAAAGAGAUUGAUCGCUUGCCGUGGAAAGGAGGCAGCGAGAGCAAUUCCGAUUACGAGUGUUUGAGGGCUGAGCUGCGGAAGAUGGCUCCUCCCAAUGGCCGUGCCGUGUUACUUUUUCGGUCCCGGUGCGGUUGUCCAGUCGCCAAGCUGGAGGGCUGGGGGCCUAAGCGAGGCCGGCGUCAUAAAAAAUCGCCGGGAAACUUGGCUCUGAAAGGAGGAGGAGACAAUCGCUGAUCUCCGCUUCUGCCCAUGGUCUCUCCUCCUCCUAUGACCAGAUCACUUGUUCUUCUUCUUCAUCUUCGUUCUCGAAUCUCUUCUCCUUCCCGCGCAAGAUGGAUCUCCACUUCGACUACGAUGAUGACUCUGGCCCACUUCGACUUCUCCGGCGAAAGCCCUGAUCCCGAGCGCGCGCUCGUCACCGCUCUCGGACUCUGCUCCUCCGGCAAUGACGUCCAUGCCAGAUAGAAAAUCCAUUGCUGUGUCUUGAAGUCCGGUCUCGACUCCAACGGCUUUAUCUACAACAGCGUUCUCAACAUGUACGCCAAAUGCUGUCUCUUGACCGAUGCAGAAUCUGUGUUUAAGAGCCAUGUGAGGAUUGAUUCUGCUUCUUUCAAUAUAAUGGUUGAUGGGUAUGUGAGAUCUCGUCGUCUGGAUGAUGCUCGCUGCCUGAGAGGCUCCGUCUCCUACACCGCCAUGAUAAAGGGUUACACUCAAAGCGAACGGUGGAGAGACGCAGCGGAGCUUUUCCAGGGAAUGAGAAAUGGGGAUAAUAUUCCCCCGAAUGAGGUGACAUUAGCCGCUGUUAUAUCGGCUAGCUCGCAUUUGGGUGGGAUUUCUGAUUGCAAAAUGCUGCAUUGUUUAACCAUGAAGCUGAAGCUUGCCGAUAGAGUGUUCGUCUCGACAAAUUCGCUGCGUAUGUAUUGUGUUUGCUCGAGCUUGGAGGAUGGUAGGCGGCUGUUUGAUGAGAUGCCCGGAAAGAACUUAGUUGCAUGGAAUGUGAUGUUAAACGGGUACUCGAAAGCAGGGCUCAUCGAGUAGGGACUUGUUCGAUCAGAUCACCGAGAAGGAUAUCGUCUCAUGGGGUACAAUGAUCGAUGGGUAUCUCCGGAAGGAGCGAUUGAACGAAGCCUUGGAUCUGUACAGCGAGAUGCUAUCUCGUGGAAUUAACCCUAGUGAUGCUAUGAUGGUGGAUUUCCUCUCGGCUUCUGCACGAGCCGAGGUGCAUUUAUGAGGGUUUACAACUUCAUUGUACUAUCAUGAAGGCUGGAUUCGAUUGUCAUGAUCUUGUACAGACGACCAUCAUCCAUUUUUACGCAGCUCGUGGUGACAUAAACCUAGCUUUACAGCAGUUUGAAGCGAGCGUUAAGGAUUACGUCACAUUAAGAAAUGCACUGAUUGCAGGAUUUGCGAAGAACGGGAUGAUCCAGGAGGCGACAGAAGUAUCAAUCAGAUGCAUGAUAAGGAGAUUUUCUCAUGGAAUGCCAUGAUUUCGGGGUAUGCGCAGAGUGUUAUGCCCGAUUCCUCAAAAUGAUCGAUGGCUCUGUAAAACCAGACGCCAUCACGAUGGUGAGUGUUUUCUAUGCAGCUUCCGUUCUAGGAGAUUUGGAAGUAGGGAAACGGGCCCACACGUAUUUACGAUGUAGUUCCAUCCCUCUCAGCGACAAUCUUAUGGCGGCCAUGGUUGACAUGUAUGCUAAAUGCCGAAGCAUUGACGCUGCCCUGACCAUUUUCUACCAAACACGGGACAAAACAUCGACAAUCUCCCCUUGAACGCUAUCAUAUGUGGUCUGGCAAUUCAUGGCCGAGCAAGCCUGGCUCUUGAUCUCUACUCUGACCUUCAAACCUCGUCCCAUCAGACCCAACGCCAUAACUUUCGUCGGGGUUUAAAGCUGGUUUAUGUAAAUCAUUUUUAUUUUAUUUUCUUUAACUUGUAAUAUCUAAAAUAUCGAAAAUGUUACUUUACAUAAUGCAGCCAGUGCUUUAUUAA